GUGCGAUGAGCCAAUCACGUACGAAAGAUGCUUUAGGAUUCCCGCUGCUACCGGAAUAUUGGACAAAUUUGGUGAUGUGUGGUGUGUAGUUGUCUCUUUAUAGAAACGUCAGGAAAAUCUUUUAGUCAGAUUUCCUCCAUUUUGAAAAAGAAACAGAGAUGAGCAGAUACCGAGCUGAACUGUACGAACGACACGAGCUCGAAAUCUGUCAUGAUUGACCGCGGCCGGACACAAAAGAUGAAAGUGAGGUGCGUGUCGCGUCGUGUCAGUGUUUGUGAGGAGGACAUUGAGGGAACACUGUGUUAGCUCGGCGUCGGGGACACCGAGGGAACAUUGCGCUUCUGCAGUAAAACUCUCGGUAGGGGCUCUUGAAAAGUCGUGAUCUCGCGGAUUUCAUAAUAACGCGCGGCGCGUGACCGCCGAAUGUCCAACUGUGCUUCGUAAUUUGCGCGCCGUGGUGCCGAGAUCUGUUAUUCGCGCGCGGAGAGAAUGACCGUUAUUAGCGUCGACUGAGGGCUCAUUUAAUCCCUGGACAAAUUAGAGUGCAUCUACCACACCAGGUCCAAACGAUUAAACAAAACAAAGAUGUCCAGUGUGUGUGUAUUGUAGGAAAAAGUGGUGUGUUGCAGAGGAGUGACAUUCACAGUGCAUUCAAACAAGAGAUGAAGACAGACAGCCAGAACAAAUUUAUAUUCAGAUGGAGGAUGGUGACAUGAGGUGAGUCAGUGGCUUAAAAAGGUUUUUGGGCAACAGCCCGUCCCUGACUUUGAAGUGAACACGCGCACGAUAGAGAUUCUGCACGAGCUGGUGAAGAACAGUGAGAUGAGAUGCAAAGAGGUCGAGCUCCUCAUACAGGACCACGAGCAGAAAGCAGCAGAGUACAACAGUGAUGGUGCUCAUCUGCAGGAGGUGCUUCUUCAGGUAGUGGGACUGCAGCCGGGGACAGUUUCCAAACCCACAGCAGAUCUGCUGUCAGUGCUGGAGUCCACUGCUGAAGUGCUUAAACUUAAAGACACAUCACUUGGAAGCUAUAUGCCUGCAAUGAAUAAACUGACCAAUGAUGUGCUGGAGGCUGAAAAAACAGACAGGAGAUUACAGCGGGAACUUUCUACCGUCAGGAAGAAAAUGACGACCACAGUUGUUCUUCGGAAGAAACUCCAAGAUGAUUUGUUAAAGAUCACACACAUACAACAGGUGGAAGCAGCUACAGCAGAAGAGAGACUUCUGAACAUGGACUUCAUGAAGAAUAAAUCCAGAGAUCUUGCCGGCCGGAAUAAAAUCGCACAGGAAAAGUUGGACUCAAGGCAGAUGGAUGACUCACUUACCCAUCAGGCCAUUCUGCAGUUAUCAGAGAAAAUUGCAGCACUGAAAGAGGAAACACUACCGUUGAAGAAGAAACUAGAGCCAUAUAGUGACUUGAGCCCUAGUCCAGCUUUGGCACGGGUGAAAAUCGAGGAAGCCAAACGAGAGCUGGCUGCCCUGGAUGCUCAGCUGGAGCAGAAAGUGGACUUCAUGAACACUUUAUCUAGAUAACCUUAAAUAUCCAAAUAAAAUUAUGCUUAUAAAUA